CAGGCGGCGGCGGCGAAGGGGGCGGAGAGGGAGGAGCGCGGCGGGACGGGACGCGGCCCGGGUCGCGCGGGCUCCUGGCGGUGGGGUUCUCGGCGCGACGGCGGUGGUAGCGGCUGCCGCUGCGGCGCCAGCAGCAGGACAGUCAUUGGCACCAUGAACUGGAAUAAAGGUGGCCCUGGCACUAAGCGGGGGUUUGGCUUUGGAGGUUUUGCCAUUAGUGCUGGGAAGAAGGAAGAACCCAAACUCCCACAACAAUCCCACAGUGCCUUUGGGGCAACCAGUUCUUCUUCUGGAUUUGGAAAGUCAGCUCCACCACAGCUUCCUUCUUUCUACAAAAUUGGAUCUAAAAGAGCCAACUUUGAUGAAGAAAAUGCGUAUUUUGAAGAUGAGGAAGAAGACUCCAGUACUGUUGAUUUGCCUUACAUUCCUGCUGAAAACUCCCCUACACGUCAGCAAUUGCAUUCCAAGCCAGCGGACUCUGACAGUGAUGAUGACCCCUUGGAGGCAUUCAUGGCUGAAGUAGAGGAUCAGGCAGCUAGAGACAUGAAAAGACUUGAAGAAAAGGACAAGGAAAGAAAAAACGUAAAGGGUAUUCGAGAUGACAUUGAAGAGGAAGAUGACCAAGAAGCUUAUUUUCGAUACAUGGCAGAAAACCCAACUGCUGGUGUGGUUCAGGAGGAAGAAGAAGACAAUCUGGAAUAUGACAGCGAUGGAAAUCCAAUUGCACCCUCCAAAAAAAUAAUUGAUCCUCUUCCUCCCAUUGAUCAUUCAGAGAUUGAUUACCCACCAUUCGAAAAAAAUUUUUACAAUGAACAUGAGGAGAUAACCAACCUCACUCCACAGCAGUUAAUAGAUCUUCGGCAUAAGCUCAAUCUUCGGGUCUCUGGUGCUGCACCUCCUAGACCAGGGAGUAGUUUUGCUCAUUUUGGGUUUGAUGAACAACUCAUGCACCAGAUUCGGAAAUCUGAGUACACACAGCCCACUCCAAUACAAUGUCAGGGUGUACCUGUGGCAUUAAGUGGUAGAGACAUGAUUGGUAUUGCUAAAACAGGCAGUGGAAAAACUGCAGCUUUCAUCUGGCCCAUGUUGAUUCAUAUAAUGGACCAGAAGGAAUUGGAGCCAGGUGAUGGACCAAUUGCAGUGAUUGUGUGUCCUACAAGGGAGCUUUGCCAGCAGAUCCAUGCAGAGUGUAAGCGGUUUGGGAAAGCAUAUAAUCUUCGCUCAGUGGCUGUAUACGGAGGAGGGAGCAUGUGGGAGCAGGCCAAGGCCCUUCAGGAAGGGGCAGAGAUUGUUGUGUGUACUCCAGGCCGACUGAUUGAUCACGUGAAGAAGAAAGCCACUAAUCUUCAACGAGUCUCUUACCUUGUGUUUGAUGAAGCAGAUCGAAUGUUUGACAUGGGAUUCGAGUACCAGGUUCGAUCCAUAGCGAGUCAUGUCCGUCCUGACAGACAGAGUACGUAUGAAGCCAAUGAAGAUGUGACCCAGAUUGUGGAGAUUCUCCAUUCUGGGCCUAGUAAAUGGAACUGGCUUACACGCCGUCUGGUGGAGUUCACCUCUUCAGGGAGUGUCCUCCUGUUUGUUACUAAAAAAGCCAAUGCUGAAGAGCUAGCCAAUAACCUUAAGCAGGAGGGUCAUAAUCUUGGACUACUCCAUGGGGACAUGGAUCAGAGUGAGAGAAACAAGGUCAUUUCAGACUUUAAGAAAAAGGACAUUCCAGUCCUGGUGGCCACUGAUGUUGCAGCCCGUGGUCUGGACAUUCCUUCAAUUAAGACUGUCAUUAACUAUGAUGUGGCACGAGACAUUGAUACCCAUACACAUAGGAUUGGGCGCACAGGAAGAGCUGGUGAGAAGGGUGUGGCCUAUACCUUACUGACCCCCAAGGAUAGCAAUUUUGCUGGUGACCUUGUCCGGAACUUGGAAGGAGCCAACCAACAUGUGUCCAAGGAACUCCUAGAUCUCGCAAUGCAGAAUGCCUGGUUUCGGAAAUCCCGCUUCAAAGGAGGAAAAGGCAAAAAGCUGAACAUUGGUGGAGGAGGCCUGGGCUAUAGGGAGCGGCCUGGCCUAGGGUCUGAGAACACGGAUCGAGGAAAUAAUAACAAUGUGAUGAGUAACUAUGAGGCCUACAAGCCCUCCACAGGAGCCAUGGGAGAUCGCCUGACAGCAAUGAAAGCAGCUUUCCAGUCACAGUACAAGAGUCAUUUUGUUGCAGCCAGUUUAAGUAAUCAGAAGGCCGGAAGCUCCGCUGCUGGGCCAAGUGGAUGGACGAGUGCAGGAAGCUUGAAUUCUGUUCCAACUAAUUCAGCACAGCAGGGCCAUAACAGUCCUGACAGCCCUCUUGCCAGUUCUGCCAAAAGCAUCCCAGGCUUUGGCAGUGCUGGGAAUAUCAGUAGUGCUCCAGUGACCUACCCUUCUGUUGGCACACAGGGAGCCAACAACACAGCUUCAGGGAAUAACAGCCGCGAAGGGAUUGGGGGUGGCAAUGGUAAAAGAGAGAGAUACACUGAGAACCGGGGUGGCAGCCGUCAUAGUCACGGAGAGAGUGGCAUUCGGCACGGCGAUAGCCCACGUCAUGGAGAUGGUGGUCGUCAUGGAGAUGGAUACCGGUUCCCAGAAAGUAGCAGUAGCCGUCAUACUGAUGGCCAUCGGCAUGGGGAGAACAGGCAUGGAGGAAGUGCAGGCCGGCAUGGGGAGAGCCGGAGUGCAAGUGAUGGCCGGAACGGAGAGAGCAGGAAAGAAGGUUGUAAUCGUGAAAGCAAGAUGGACCCCAAGGUGGACAGCAAGAUGGACAAGAUGGAUAGUAAGACAGAUAAGACAGCUGAUGGUUUUGCUGUCCCGGAGCCACCCAAACGCAAGAAAAGUCGAUGGGACAGUUAGAGGGAAUGUGUUACAGUGUGAAAUCAGUUCUUCAGUUUUAUUUUUAGAGAUUUUGGUAACUAGGUGUCUCAGGGCUGGGUUGGGGUCCAGGAUGUAAGGACCCCCUGCCCUUAGCGGACAGCUUGGAGCACAGACAUUAUGCCUUCCUCUGAAUGAUUGUUCAGAUGCCUUCUUGGGAAGCUGCUUUGAUCCCAGCAAACAAUGAGCUGGGAAGCUUCUGUUGGCACUGGGUGAGUUGUCAUGAGGGUAAGUUGAAGACGCUUGGAAAAGGCCUUAUAGGGCACAAAACUCACUCUAGGUUUGUAAGUAGCUUAUAUUUUUUACUAAAUUGUCACCUUAUAAACAUCUGUGAGUAAAAUUGUUUUUCUUAGUGCUCUGGCCAGGCAAUCCCUUUUUAGGAGUUGAGUUUUGCAAACCCAAAUUAUUGAGCUGCUGGGAUUAUUUGCAGAGCAGUUUGGUGCUUCAAGACAUUUGCAGGGAAGGGAGAUCCUCAAUUCUAAAUAAAGAGUCGAUGCUCAGGUUCUCUAGAUUGUAUCCAGCCCUGAGACAUGCAAGAGGCAACUUUCCAAGCCCAGCUUUUAAGAGCCUCUAUGAUUGAAGGGAAAUGGUUCUAGAAGGUUCCAGGAUUGCUUCAGGCCUGAGGUUUUGGCUAAAUUAAAAAUUAAAACCAACAACAGCUUUUUAAAGUAUCUAUUUCUUUUAUUUUGGAUUUUUUUUUUUUUUUUUUUUUUGGUAACUUGCCCCAGUAGAAGUCUUUGCUGAAAUGAUUUUGAUGACUUUUGUUUUAUCUUGUUUAUAAAAAGGAAAAGAAAUACAAAAACUUCAAAUUUUGUGACUUUGUGAAGGUUUCUUUAAGAUGUGCAUUCCUCUGCUUGCUCUCUAGUAAACGUUUUACUACUGGGA